CGGAAGGGGGGCGUGUAGGCAACCAGGAUCAGCCAGGGGCCAGCAUGAGCCGGAGGGAGGGAAGUCUGGAAGAUCCACAGGCUGACUCCUCAGUCUCACCCCUUCCCCACUUGGAGGCCAAGAUCCGUCAGACACACAGCCUUGCCCGCCUCCUCACCAAAUAUGCUGAGCAGCUGCUCCAGGAAUAUGUGCAGCACCAGGGAGACCCCUUCGGGCUGCCGGGCUUCUCGCCCCCGCGGCUGCCGGUGGCCGGUCACUUACCGCUUCCCCCGGGGCCGUCGGUGCGCAUGUCCCGCGCCCCUGGCCACUGGGGCUGCUGCGCCGCCGCCGCUUCUGCCGCCGCCGCCGCCGCGGGCGUCUUCCCUGCCAAGGUGCUGGGGCUCCGCGUGUGCGGCCUCUACCGCGAGUGGGUGAGCCGAACCGAGGGCGACCUGGGCCAGCUGGUGCCCGGGGGCCCGGCCUGAGCGCGGGGCGCGGGGCUGCAGCUCGCUCGGCGUCCGUCUUCGUCUCUCAGUCGGUGCCUCGGGAGCUCCGACCGUCUCCGUCUCUCUCCUGCCUCUGUCGUCUCUCUUUGCUUUGUAUGCUCUCCGUGCCUCCCUGUCGGACCUCCGUGUGUUCGUGACUUCCCGUGUCCAUCCUUUCUUGCUUUGCCCCGCUUCUUCUCCACCGCUUGGGCCUGCCUCCGUCUCUCUUCGGUCUCCCCCUUCACCCAUCUCUGGGGGGCCUCUUUGUCUCCCCCUUUCUCCAUCUCUUGGCUCUCCUUGGCCCCAGGUGAGCAUGUGUACCUCUCAGCCUCAUCUCAAGGAGGGGACACCUCAUCAACUCUGGCCUUCCCUGGCCAGGGAGGUGCCUGCUAGCCCGGGUGGGAGGGCUACUGCAGACAGAUUGCAGCCACCUUCCCACAGCGUCACUCCCCCUGCUGCGCUCUCCCUCCCCCAUCCCGGCCCUUUGGGUGGGCCCUGCUUGCUUCUGCCUUGGAUGUCCUUCCCCUCCUUCACCUCCUCUGCUCUGUCCCUGCACCUCCCCUCCCCCCAAGCCAGGUCUAUGGAGAGAAAAGAUCAACAACACCUUAAAAGAGUUUAUUUCUGAGAAUAAAUUAAUUUUUUGUAAAUAAAAUGUUUACAAAUGAAAAGAACACUAGAGUUACCGGUAUAUAUAGUUGUUGAAAAUGGGGAGACACCUUUGAGGAGAAUAGAAUCUUUGGGGCACAGCCUGGUCCCCCAGACAGACCCAAAGGCCACAGUAUAAAUAGGAGAGUCACAAAUGCCCCCAGGCCAGGGAUAACAUCAGUCACUCUAGAACAGGAAGUGGAUGUGCCCCGAGCUGGAAACAUCUACAGGAGUCUUCCUUACUUUUUUCAACUGGACUUCCAUUGAUCGGGAAGUGAAGUCCCUCAAGAUGGAGAGUUGGAACAGUGGCCCUAGUCAGGGAGGUAGACUAGGGGAGGCAAUGAACUCCAGCAAGAAGGGAGGCCUCUCUGCUCAGAAAGCCCAUAGCUUCCCACAGGAAGUGAGGUAGAGACAAGAAGGCAGCCCCUCGACCUCCCCAAACUUACAGGAAGAGGAAGGUCUCAGGGAGAGCCCAGGAUAGAGACAGGCUGUCCUCUCCCUGCAGAGUGGGAAGUAAAGCCUCUUCAAAAAGGCACUUCUUUCCACCCAGGAUGUGGGCAGCCAGGACCACUGGCUUGAGUGAGACUCCACGAAAUGAUACCUGUAGAGUCCCACCCAGAUCUGGAAGGGAGGCCAUAGGACCUAGGCAGGAAAGGCCCAGGCAACAGGGACUUGGGGCCUGGUUCCUAGGAAAUAUUCCCAAAUAUACACGCCCUGUCGGCUAGACAAGACGUGUCUCCUUUCUAGCCAAGAAGCAAGGGAGAAAAGAGUCCAUUGGGAAAGAAGUGUUGCAGCCUCUGACAGGAUGUCCGGCCUCCUCUAUCCGGGAUAUUUGGCCUUGAGCAGAGCCAAGUCCCUCACAGCUCGGUCUGUCCAGUGGCCAUAUUCCCGGGUCACUACAUAGCCUCGACAUUUCCUCUCAAAGGCUGAGGCUCCGAAGGGGACAACGCCGAGAGUGUCCUCCUCUGGGGGGAUGGGCAGGCCCAGAGCAGUCAUGAUUGCAGCCAUGUUGCCCAGCAGGCCUUGGGCCCUGAGUCUUGCAGCCCCGAGCUGGGCCAGCAGCAUAGGACUGCCAGGGUUCAGGUCUCUCUGGUCGUCCCCCACGAGCUGGAGGUGCUGGGUCAAGGCCAGGAAGGCCCCCUGGGCAUGGCCCAGCCGCUCCCCAUCAUCCAGGGCAUGCCAGGUCUUGAAGGAGACGACGGCAGGAGGCAGGCUGCUGAGCUGAAGCUCAGGGGCUGAGAAGCCGGGGUCACUGAAGGGGCUGCCCUGGUACUGGAGCUGCAUGAGAGACAGAGACAGACGGGAGUGCGGGGACUAAAGUGGUCCCCUGGGGCUCCCCCAACUUCACAUCUGACAUCUUCCCAGGGGAAGUUGGUGGGCAUCUCCUAGCACAGAGCCUCGCAGUUUCAUGUACAAGUUGUACAACUUUGAAUCGCAGCUUCAGUAAUUGCCAGUCGUCAGUAUUCUCGUGCAAAUGAUAAGUAAUAUAUAGAAAGCACUUAGCACAGCUCCUGGCGUACAAUAAGGGCAUAAUAAGCCACUGUUUAUAAUAUCUUAAUAUCAUGACACUGUGAUUAUAUUAUUUAUUAUACUAUUUUCAGUCUAAAUAAUUGACAAUGUAGUUAGAGUCUAUAUGGUUCUUUCUUAUUCAUAGCAUUUAGUUGUUUGUGCUUAUUUUAUUAGAAUCAUUAAUAAAUAAUUGUUAACAUUAUUAAAUUUAGUUGAGUGCCUUCUCCAUUACAGUUCUCGCCUCCACAAACCUAGACCCACAGAAUCUUGGUGCACACUGAUAAAUCCCCAAAUUGAUAGACCUCCUAGCCCUACAUCCCUAGUUCACAGGUGAAGAAACUGAGGCUUAGGGUGCCCAAAGCUACCCAGGGAAUGGUGGCAGCUAUGGGACUAGAAACUAGAUUUAGUAACUUCACAUGGGCCUGGAAUAUAGUACAGUAAGAGGAGUCACAAACCCUGGCUAGGGGCCAGGCGGAUCGUGUAACUUGGGGAAGAAGGCAGAACUAAGAUGGGGUGAGGGGCUAGGAGGGCCCCUGUGCCUGUUUGAGACAGGCAGCCACGUUCAAAAUUUGAACAAGUAUUUCAUGGCCCGAACAGAAAACAUCUGUGGGUCAGAUUCAGCCAGGAGACUGCUAGUUUGAGCUUCUAGACAGUGUGGGGGGUGGGGGAGGCGUCUGAUGCCACAGACCUGGCUUAAGAUCCUGGCACUGCCAGUGAUUUAGCUGUGUGACCUUGAGCAAAUUAUUCACCCUCUCUGAGACUCAGUUUCCUUAUCUGAUUAUAAUUCCGUCCCUCAGAACUGUUUGAGGAGUCCGCGAGAUAAUGGGGAUGAGUGCCCAGCACAGCAUAGGGCUCACGUGAGCACCCAGCACGAGGUGGUUGUGGAAAUAAUCACGACCCUGUAAAGUCUUUCUUUGUUUGUGCUGCCUUUGAAUAUUUUAAGAGUCCUGCAAGGUGAGCAAAAGCAGGAUCACAAUUCCAUUUUGCAGAUGAGGGAGCUGAGACGGAGAGAGAGAGAAGGAACGACUAGCCCUGGGUCACCAGCUAUCAGUGACACUGUCCGAGCGAGUCUCUAGUUGACAGAGCCCCGGAACCCUCAGACUCACGGAGGGAACCUUCUCCUGGCCUUGCUCUGCUUCCGCUACCCAGGGCUGGGCCAGGAGGGCAGUGUCCCGCUGCCCUCGUCCCCUGCUUGUGCCCAGUGUCACUCACAUAAGUCUGCAGCAGCGUUGAUGUAUUCUUCUGCAUGUAGAGGGCCAGGCUGUAGGCUUGACUAAUGGGCUCAGCUGGGGAGAUGGGGGCCCCCACACUGAGGGGUGACAGCAGCAGGGGCAGCAGGCAGAGCUGGGCUGGUGGAGGAAAUCAAAGGUCGGCAUCCACUCUGACCCUGAGCCCGCCUGCUGGUUCAUUCAUUCUGUGUCACAGCUCCUCAAAGCGGCACAGCCCUUGUGGCCUGCAACAAUUUUGUGGAUCCAAGUCGGGGCAGCAGCACCCUGUAAGAUUAUUUCCAGCCCAGAACGUUCCCCUGAACCCCAGACCCGAUGUAUUCAACUUCCUGCUUGACAUUAUUGGGUAUUAGUAAGCAUCUCCACUCGAAGUAUCCAAUACUCAACUCUGGGGUCCCCUUCCACCCUCCUCCCUCAGCCUUCCCCACCUCAGGCAAGGGGGCUUCCAUUCUUGCCUUUGCUCAAGUCAAAACCUGGGGUCCUCUUUGGUGCCUCAUUUUCUCUUGCUCUCCACAUCCACCCCCACAGUAAAUCCUAUCGGCUCUGUCCUUAAAACGUAGUCAGCCCAGCUCUGUGUUUCUUGAUCUGAGCGCUCAUGACAAGGAUAUGAUCACUUCGUGAAAAUUCAUUGAGCUGUACACUU